AUGCACGUCUCUCGCUAUCUGGCUCCGGCCGUCUUCGCGUCCGCCGUGGUCGCCGAAAAGACAUUUUGCGGCGCCCCCAACGACUUCGAGGUCCUUAUGGGCACACCGUGGAUCGUCUACUCCAUGAACUACAACUACAAGUCCAUCAGCGGAUCGGCUUGCACAGGUUACUCCGGCACAUCCGGCACCGGCGACGCGCAGCGCAUCCAAUGGAGCAGCAUCUGGGACAUUGACCCCACGAUCAAUAAGGACGUUGUCAAGGGCUACUCGUUCAUUGGUUUAACGCAGAAAUUGGAGACCAAACUCAGCGACAUUCGGAGCAUCCCCAGCACGUACAGCUGGACCGUUUCCAACUCUUCUGCAUACAAGGGCAACGUUGUUUACGACUUCAUGACCUCCGAUACUAAGGGCGACAGCACAUCCAGCAAUGCCCAGGAGCUUAUGCUCUGGCUUCGCUGGGAGGGCGGGCAGCUGCCCAUCGGCUGGGCUGAGGGACCGACAGCGACGAUUGACGGGCUGUUCGGUAAAAACGGAUGGAAGCUGUACCAAGGCAAGAACACUGACACCGGCAUCACGGUGUCCUCGCUCCUCGCCCCCGAGACCAACCAGUUCGGAGACUUGGAGGGAGGCUCAUUCGAAGGGGAUAUCAAGGACUGGCUCCUGGCGCUCGCGAAGCAGGGAGUCUUUUCUAAUAGCACCUAUGUCAACGUAGGAAACGCUGGCCAAGAACCGUACUGGGGAACUGUUACUUUCAAUAACACCCUCGGCUUGAACAUCAACCUCUAA